CCACCUUCACUUCAAACAAGCUCUCAUCUUUCAACUCAUUUGUAGUAAAAGAAGAUUAUUUGAGUGUCUUGUAUUUUCUUAGAGCAAAACUCGAGUUCAAUUAAAGAAUUGAUAAUGGCAUCCGUUCAAGAAAUCCGUAACGCCCAACGAGCCCACGGACCAGCAACGAUCCUAGCUAUCGGAACCGCCAAUCCCCAGAAUGAAAUGAUCCAAGCGGAGUAUCCUGAUUUCUACUUCCGUGUUACCGAUACUGAGCAUAUGACUGGUCUCAAGAAGAAGUUCGAGCGCAUGUGUGAAAAGUCAAUGAUUAAGAAGCGAUACAUGCACGUAACUGAAGAGCUAUUGAAACAGAACCCUCACAUGUGUGACUACAAUGCUUCAUCCUUAGACACCCGCCAAGACAUCCUCGCAACGGAAGUCCCAAAACUCGGGAAAGAGGCGGCCAUAAAGGCCAUCAAAGAGUGGGGACAACCUCGGUCCAAAAUCACCCACGUCAUUUUCUGCACAACCUCAGGUGUAGACAUGCCUGGUGCAGACUACCAGCUUACUAAACUCCUCGGCCUCCGACCCUCAGUAAAACGCUUCAUGCUUUACCAGCAGGGUUGCUACGCCGGCGGUACAGUCCUCCGCCUCGCCAAGGACAUCGCCGAGAACAACCGUGGUUCCCGUGUGUUGGUGGUUUGUUCUGAGAUUACUGUCAUUUGUUUCCGUGGGCCUACUGAGACACAUUUGGACUCUAUGAUUGGACAAGCCCUGUUUGGUGAUGGAGCCGGGUCUGUCAUUGUCGGUGCGGACCCUAUUGAGUCCGUUGAGCGACCCAUUUUCCAGCUUGUUUCGGCUGCUCAGACCAUACUCCCUGACUCUGAGGGUGCUAUCGAUGGACACUUGAGAGAAGUCGGGUUAGCCUUCCAUUUGUUAAAAGAUGUACCUGGUUUGAUCUCGAAGAAUAUUGAAAAAUCCCUCGUUGAGGCUUUUAAACCGAUUGGGAUUGAUGAUUGGAACUCCCUUUUCUGGGUGGCUCACCCUGGUGGUCCAGCAAUCUUAGACCAAGUUGAGGCUAAACUCGAGCUCAAUCAGGAUAAAUUGGGUAUAACUAGGCAUGUUCUAAGUGAGUUUGGUAACAUGUCUAGUGCUUGUGUUUUGUUUAUAUUGGAUGAAAUGAGGAAGAGGUCGUUGAAAGAAGGUAAGACCACUACCGGAUACGGGCUAGAUUGGGGUGUCUUGUUCGGGUUUGGACCCGGUCUUACAGUGGAAACUGUUGUGCUUCACAGUGUUCCUCUCACGGAUUAAUUAACCAGCGCGUGGGGUUCAUGUUCAUGUCCAUGUUCAUGUUCAUGUUCAAGUACGAGCGUCUGAUCGGAGUAAUGAAGUCAUUUUCACACUUUUUCUUUGAAUUAUUUUGGGUGUUUUGGCCCUUAAUUGUACAACCAACAAUGAAUAAUCGCGACAUUUCGCUAGCGUUUUGUAUAAAGUAAUCAAGUACUAUAUAUUGUACCAAUAUGAUGUGUUUGCUGCGUUUUAUGAUAACGUAUUAAUGUAUUAUGAGCUUACGAAUCCAAUUUUCCCUCAAAAAAAAAAAAAAGCUUACGAAUCCAAUUUAAUUACAAUAAUGUAUAAGAAAAUUGUCUGAGCUGGUUCUA